GUCUCACAGCUGGACAUGGAGAACCAGCGUUCCUCGCCUCUGUCAUUCUCCAGUGCUCCCCCAGAAGAAGCCCUGCACCAGGCCACGGCUGGACUCUCCCGAGACGCCCUGUUCUCGUCCCGCAUCCUGCCCCCCAAAGAAGUUCCUGCUUUGUCUCCCACUGGUGCCCGGCAGGGCCCUCUGCCCCAGACCACUGCGUCCAAGCAAGAGACCUCUGGCCAAAUGCCGCAUGCUGCCCCGAAGGGUCCAUCACUCCUCUGUCCCGCUGCUUCUGAGCAAGAGACCCAUCUCCAGGGCCCCCAGGCUGCACAGGAAGAGCCCCGGUACCCUGCUGACCAGGACCUCUCCCUCCUCUCCCACUCCGCCCACCAGCAGGAAGCCCCACUGCACUCCCCAGAAGUUCCCGAGAAGGACCCUCUGAGCCUCUCCCCCACAGUUCCUGAGGCCGACAUGGACCCCCUGCUGCAGAGCCCCACUUCCCAGAAGGACACACCCUUCCCAAAGGAGCAGCUGCUCCCCACGGCGGAGAUCACUCGCUUGGCCGUGUGGGCUGCCGUCCAAGCGGUGGAGAGGAAACUGGAGGCCCAGGCCAUGAGGCUACUGACGCUGGAGGGCAGGACAGGGACGAAUGAAAAAAAGAUCGCUGACUGCGAGAAGACGGCUGUAGAGUUUGCAAACCAUCUGGAGAGCAAGUGGGUCGUGCUGGGUACGCUGCUGCAGGAGUACGGGCUGCUGCAGCGGCGGCUGGAGAACAUGGAGAACCUGCUGAAGAACCGAAAUUUCUGGAUCCUGCGGCUGCCCCCGGGGAGCAAUGGAGAAGUCCCCAAGGUCCCUGUCACGUUUGAUGACGUCGCCGUCCACUUCUCAGAGCAGGAGUGGGGGAACCUAUCCGAGUGGCAGAAGGAACUCUACAAGAACGUGAUGAGGGGCAACUACGAGUCUCUGGUUUCCAUGGACUAUGCAAUUUCCAAACCAGACCUCAUGUCGCAGAUGGAGCGCGGAGAGAGGCCGACCAUGCAGGAGCAGGAGGACUCUGAGGAGGGGGAGACCCCCACUGACCCCAGCGCUGCACACGAUGGCAUCGUGAUUAAGAUUGAGGUGCAGACCAAUGACGAGGGCUCAGAGAGCCUGGAGACGCCGGAGCCCCUGAUGGGACAAGUGGAGGAGCACGGCUUCCAGGACUCGGAGCUGGGCGACCCCUGCGGGGAGCAGCCCGACCUGGACAUGCAGGAGCAGGAAAACGCGCUGGAGGAGUCCACCGAGGGCUCGGGCGAGUUCAGCGAGCUCAAGCAGAUGCUGGUGCAGCAGAGAAACUGCGCAGAGGGCAUCGUGAUAAAGACCGAGGAGCAGGAGGAAGAGGAGGAGGACGACGAGGAGGACGACGAGCUGCCCCAGCACCUGCAGGCCCUCGGGCAGCUGUCCGGGCGGUACGAGGCCAGCAUGUACCCGACCCCGCUGCCUGGGGAGAUGUCGCCGGAGGGUGAGGAGAGCCCCCCGCCACUGCAGCUGGGGAACCCGGCGGUGAAGAGGCUGGCGCCCCCCUCGCACUCGCACUCGCACGCGCAUGGGCACGGGCACGGGCACGGGCACGGGCACGCGCACAGCGAGCGGCACCUGGGCGAGAGCCGCGGGUCCUCCAGCCAGCAGCAGCGCAACCGGCGCGGCGAGCGGCCCUUCACGUGCAUGGAGUGCGGCAAGAGCUUCCGGCUGAAGAUCAACCUCAUCAUCCACCAGCGCAACCACAUCAAGGAGGGGCCGUACGAGUGCGCCGAGUGCGAGAUCAGCUUCCGGCACAAGCAGCAGCUCACGCUGCACCAGCGCAUCCACCGCGUGCGCGGCGGCAGCUACUCGCCCGAGCGCGGCCCCGCCUUCGCCCCCAAGCACGCGCUCAAGCCGCACCCCAAGUCGCCCAGCUCGGGCAGCGGCGGCGGCGGCGGCGGCGGCCCCAAGCCCUACAAGUGCCCCGAGUGCGACAGCAGCUUCAGCCACAAGUCCAGCCUGACCAAGCACCAGAUCACGCACACGGGCGAGCGGCCCUACACGUGCCCGGAGUGCAAGAAGAGCUUCCGCCUGCACAUCAGCCUGGUGAUCCACCAGCGCGUGCACGCGGGCAAGCACGAGGUCUCGUUCAUCUGCAGCCUGUGCGGCAAGAGCUUCAGCCGCCCGUCGCACCUGCUGCGCCACCAGCGGACUCACACGGGCGAGCGGCCCUUCAAGUGCCCCGAGUGCGAGAAGAGCUUCAGCGAGAAGUCGAAGCUCACCAACCACUGCCGCGUGCACUCGCGCGAGCGGCCGCACGCCUGCCCCGAGUGCGGCAAGAGCUUCAUCCGCAAGCACCACCUGCUGGAGCACCGGCGCAUCCACACGGGCGAGCGGCCCUACCACUGCGCCGAGUGCGGCAAGCGCUUCACGCAGAAGCACCACCUGCUGGAGCACCAGCGCGCGCACACGGGCGAGCGGCCCUACCCCUGCACGCACUGCGCCAAGUGCUUCCGCUACAAGCAGUCGCUCAAGUACCACCUGCGGACCCACACGGGCGAGUGAGCCGGCCGCGCCCGGGACACCCGCCGGGCCGCCCGCGCCCGCACGCUGCCGAGCCCCCUGCUGUGAGCCCCUUGCCCUCCGCCCCUCC